AACUCUUAAACUCUUUCGCGCCACCAAAACACACACAGACAGUUUACGCUCGAUAAACGUUAAACUACUGCGAGUACCUCACUCCAGGUUUAGGUCACUUUAAGCUCGAGAGCGCAAAAACCAUGAACGUUUGGGCGCUCCGCGGUUCCCUAGCAACCGGAUUAAGAAGUUUUGAGAAGAACGUGAUCAACGUAAGACAAACGUCGCUAAUGCAUCGCUGGAUGGAUGAUUUCUGUAUAAGAGCAAAGGUACAGUGCGGUUCUCCAUCCACCCGAUAUUUUGUGAGCAGGGGCUUUCUGAAAUUUGGGAAUAAAUGGAAAUAAAGAAAUGUUCUGAUGGCGCUUGCGUUGACUUUAGUAACAGAGACGGUGACUAAAACGGUGACUUGUUGCAGGUCGCGACAAACCAUCAGAACUGACAGAAAGUUGGACAUAGCUACAUUACCUAAAUGCAGUUAAUCCAUCGCUCGUUUACUCUCGUUUGCAAAAUGUUACUGCGUAUCAGAACAAAACGGUUAACAUCGUGGGUGUUCGUGCCUCUGCGAAUGGACGAGCGCGAUUUGACUCGCAAAGUCAAGACGCGUACUUUUCUGCUUCAGUAUAAUCCCGGGCACACGUGAUUCCCAAAUCACUUUCGUAGCAACAUCUCUCAUUUGUCAGAGGAAAAUCCCUGCGCAUUUGUUUGCUUUAUCCCAAAGCCUACAUUUCUGGAUGGCAUUAUCGCGUUUACUCUUUUUAUAAAAUACAGACUGAUUGCUUUACGAACAGCAUCACCGGUACCCAGGUGCACCUUGCUAACUUUUGCUCUCUUUGCGUUGAUCUGGUGCCGGAGCGAAUUGGAGACUGGAUGGCUGAAUGAAUGGGGCACGCGCUUUGUAAAGCUUUCGACAGUCAGCUUCCCGCUAAUUUUAUGUGCUUGCCCAGACAGCCGAGUGUUUCUCGUCCUCAUUCGCAUCUCAGUUUUGAGCCAAGAACAAAGAGACAAAAGAGAAGGCGUCAUAUUAUGUCGAAGAAACGCAAAACUCCGGACGACGGUGGCGGUGGGGAGUUCGCGGGCGCAGAGGAUUCCCUUCACCAAGGUUUGACGGAUGAGAAAGUGAAGGCUUAUCUCUCCCUUCACCCGCAGAUGCUGGAUGAGUUUGUUCUGGAGAGCGUAAGCACAGAGACGGUAGACAGAUGGUUGAAACGGAAGAGCAGCAGCCAGCCUGCAGAUGAUUCUCCGGUUAAAGAAGUCAGUCGGCAGUAUCAGGACACUAAUAUGCAGAGUGUCGUAUAUGAGCUCAACAGCUACAUGGAGCAGCGAUUGGACACUGGAGGAGACAACAAACUACUGCUCUAUGAGUUGUGCAACAUCAUCAAAACAGCCACAAAAGCAGAUGGAUUUGCACUUUAUUUUCUUGGAGAAUGCAACAAUAGUUUAUGUUUGUUCACUCCAACGGGGGCAAAAGAGGGGCUUCCUGGGCUCAUUCCCUCUGGUCCCAUCACAUUCGGGACCACCAUCGCUGCUCACGUUGCAAAGACACGCAAGACACUACUUGUAGAGGACAUCAUGGGGGAUGAGCGGUUUCCUAACGGCACAGGGCAGGACUCAGGGAUUCGUGUUCAUUCUGUUUUGUGUCUACCCAUCCUCACCGCCAUCGGAGACCUCAUCGCCAUCCUGGAGCUCCACAGGCAUCGGGGCAGAGAGCCCUUCAACCUCAGCCACCAGGAGGUUGCAACAGCAAAUUUGGCCUGGGCGUCUGUAGCUAUACACCAAGUUCAGGUCUGCAGAGGUCUCGCCAAACAGACUGAACUUAAUGAUUUUCUUCUAGAUGUAUCAAAAACGUACUUUGACAACAUAGUGGCAAUAGAUUCUCUACUUGAACAUAUCAUGAUAUAUGCAAAAAACCUGGUUAAUGCGGACAGGUGUGCGCUCUUCCAGGUGGAUCAUAAUAACAAAGAGCUCUACUCUGACCUGUUUGAUAUCGGUGAGGAGAAUGAAGGGAAACCUGUCUUCAGGAAAACCAAAGAAAUUAGGUUUUCUAUAGAUAAGGGAAUAGCAGGUCAGGUGGCACGAACGGGAGAAGUUUUAAAUAUUCCAGAUGCCUAUGCAGACCCUCGUUUCAACAGAGAGGUCGAUCUCUACACUGGCUACACGACGCGUAACAUCCUGUGCAUGCCCAUAGUGAGCCACGGGAGUGUGAUCGGCGUCGUUCAGAUGGUGAAUAAGCUGGGAGGAAGUGCCUUCACGAAAACUGAUGAAAACAACUUUAAGAUGUUUGCUGUCUUCUGUGCUUUGGCCUUACACUGUGCAAAUAUGUAUCACCGGAUAAGACAUUCAGAGUGUAUUUAUCGGGUGACAAUGGAGAAGCUGUCUUACCACAGUAUCUGCACGUCAGAGGAGUGGAAGACCCUCACGCAACUCUCACUUCCUUCAGUUAUAUAUAAAGAGAUUGAACUGUUUCACUUUGACAUCGCCCCUUUUGAAGAACUUUGGCCUGCGAUCUUUGUGAACAUGGUUCAUAAUUCAUGCGGGGAAAGCAGUUUUGAGCUGGAGAAACUGUGUCGCUUUACAAUGUCAGUGCGGAAAAAUUACAGAAGAGUUCCAUAUCACAACUGGAAGCACGCUGUGACGGUAGCACACUGUAUGUAUGCCAUCCUGCAGAAGACCACGGGGAUCUUCACUGAGCUCGAGAGGAAAGGCUUGCUCAUCGCCUGCUUAUGUCAUGACCUGGACCACCGCGGCUACAGUAACAGUUAUCUGCAGAAGUUUGAUCAUCCGCUGGCUGCUCUGUAUUCCACCUCCACCAUGGAACAGCAUCAUUUUUCACAGACGGUGUCCAUCCUGCAGCUGGAAGGGCACAAUAUUUUCUCCAACCUGACUUCCAGUGAGUAUGAGCAGGUUCUGGAGAUCAUCAGGAAGGCCAUCAUCGCCACCGACCUUGCACUUUACUUCGGCAAUCGCAAGCAACUAACUGAGCUGCUGGCCACAGGGGCACUGGACCUGAACAACCGUGCACAUAGGGACCGUGUGAUUGGUCUGAUGAUGACCGCCUGUGAUCUUUGCUCUGUUACCAAACUAUGGCACGUCACACGACUCACGGCCAAUGACAUUUAUGCUGAAUUUUGGGCUGAGGGAGAUGAGAUGAAAAAGAUUGGAAUCCAACCCAUUCCUAUGAUGGACAGAGAUAAGAAGCAUGAGGUUCCCCAGGGACAGGUGGGGUUUUAUAAUGCAGUGGCUAUUCCAUGUUAUACGACCCUAUCAGAGCUGUUUCCUCCUUCUCAUCCACUGCUUUCAGCCUGCAGGGAAAAUCUGUCCCAUUGGGAACGAAUUGUGCAAGGAGAAGACGUCUCAGCGUGGGCUUCGAAUGAAGAAGUUGACCUGAGCGAGUCUUCAGACAGUGGACCAGUCAAAGUGGACAACUGAAUCUGUGGCACUUAACCCACAGCCUGCCAAACACAUCGGACUUCCUGUGGACAGUCCCGCGUCCUGCAGAGACAGGAGGAAGUGAAGAAGGCAGGCCAGGAAUGAUAUAUUCGGAAGAUAAACAAACACAUAAUGUUACCUCAGUGGGUGACGGAGGUGAACAGGGCUCCUCCGUCGAUGGCUGGGAUUCAAGUCCACACUGUGUGGAAACCUUUCAGCCGAAUGGACGUCAGAGAUCGCUUUUGCAUCUUUUCAUUUAGGUGAUUAUUUUUCAUUUUGAUCAGUUUGUAGAAGAAGAAGCCUUAAAAUACGAACGUGAGUUACGAUCCCGUCUGUGGAUUUAAAACGGUACUUUUUAUCCUGCUGUGAUCGGAAAGUUGUACGUAGAGCUACUCGAUUGUCAGGAUGUGGAGUCAAACAUAAGGACGAAGAGGCGUGUUAACUUUAUUGCUCUCGUGAUCUAUACGAUACUUUGAGCAAAAAUGUUUUGCAGUACUUGAAUGAAGAAAUACAGCCUAUUCUGUGUGGAGCUAAAAACAAGAAAGCCCCUGCAGCACAUCUGUCUGAAGCAAAGAGCUUUUGUGAUGAUGGCAUUCACAGUCACGUCACUCUGAACCUCGCUGGAGUCACACGCGAGUCACGGCCAAUCUGCGCCAUCUUCCAAACAGAUAUGAAAGUCAGCUCACCCUGUUACUCGUGUAUGUGACCUUAAAGAGGUCAUACCGUGAGGAAUUAAAUUUUUUGGUUUUGUAUGAAAGCACUUCAAAGUUUAAGCAAUGAAAGUACAACAUGUUUGUGCAUUUAUUGAAAUGAAACUGUAAAAACAACCCCACACCUUCCUCAGCUCUCUCACGCUGUAGAUUUGAAUACAUGAAAAUAUGGCUACUCACAUUUAAAUUUCAAUAACAUUAAUUCAGUGUUCAGAAACUUGGCACGGUAAGGUAAAGUUUUGCAUGUGUUUGCAAACUACUGUCAUAUUUAACUACCAAUAGUAGUCAAUAGUGUCUGAGUGAAGAAAUUAACCAAAAUGAUUUUCCAGGCUACACCUGCCUUUAUAUGAAGCUGUAGUAGCAAGCUAUUUCAAUACACUAUUACUAAAUAUAAAAUACCUUCAUUUUGCCCAGACUUUGUUUAAAAUUGUCACAAGUUUGAUUUUUUUGUAUAUUGGGGCCUUACACUGAAAAAAUUAUUCAUUGAAUUUAAUCAAUUUUUUUAAGGUAAGUGGUUGCAAUCAAUUUAUUUAAGCUACAUUUAAACAAAAGUUUUAUAUUUUAUUUUACUUUACUAAUCUUUUUGUUUAAAUUUAGCUUAAAUAAAUUGAUUGCAACCACUUACCUUAAAUUUUUUAUUAAAUUCAAUGAAUUGAAUAAUUUUUUUCAGUGUAACAGUUAAGUUUGAAUGGAGGGCUGCAGGCAUUUUUUUAAGUUAGCCCCAUUUGGCAAAAAAGUUUUUAAAUAUAUUUUCUAAUAUAUUUCAAAAUAUUCCAAAAAUAUUUAAAAAUAUACACUGAAAAAAUGAUUCAUUGAAUUUAACCAAUUUUUUUAAGGUAAGUGGUUGCAAUCAAUUUAUUUAAGCUACAUUAAAACAAAAAAGAUUAAUAACGUAAAACAAAAUAUAAAACUUUUGUUUAAAUGUAGCUUAAAUAAAUUGAUUGCAACCACUUACCUUAAAAAAAUUGAUUAAAUUCAAUGAAUAAUUUUUUUCAGUGUAUAUUUUUUCACAAAUAUAUUUUUGGCCAUUUUAAUAGUAAUACAGUCAUACAUUAAUAACAUCUUCACAUACCCAAUGGCUUCCAAUGAUUAAUAGUAAUUGGCCAGUAAUACAGUAAUUUCUGUAGAAAUGUUUUACAGUGUAUUUAAGUCAUAAUGUAAGAAAAACCGUAAAAAUAACGAUUUUUAAAAGGUUAAAAAUUAAAUAUAUUUUCAACUUUAAAAAUAACCUUAUAAAAUUUUAUUGCAUUAAGCUUAUAUUUAAAAUAGAUUUUGGCCAAGAAAAAAUUUCUUGACAUAUGGGUUGUAAAAUUAGAAAUGUAUUUGCUUGCCCUUGGAAUACAUUUUGAAAUUUAGUUUUUUUAAACCUUCAUAUCAACAUUUAUUUUCAAAUUAAAAAAUGUAUUUAGCAUAUAUUUUAAGAUGUAUUUUUGGCCAAAGAUUUUUUUUUUUUUGCCGUAUGGGGCAGGACACUGGUUUUCUUGCAAAAAAAUCCAUUAAUUUGUCCCAUAGACUUUUGGGUUGUUGCAGAAAAUAAGAUCUGUGUUUAACAGAAAUGUAUGACACUUAGACGUUUUGUCCAACAAGUUAAUCUUCACAGAUGAACACAAAUUUUGUGAGUUUUGAAGUGUAAAUUUGUUUACUAGAAAUAUGAAGAGCCGGAUUUUGACUACAAAAUUUAUGAAAGUUGUGUCCAUAUGUGCAGAUUAACUUGUUGGACAAAAUGUGUAAGGGUCAUAAACUUUAGUUAAAUACAGAGCAUUUUUGCCAUAAUUAAAAGCUUUUUGAGGAGGGCGCUAACUUCCGGGUUAACCUACAAAAAUGCGUAAUUCCUGCGGCACUCUUUUCUGAUCUUGUCACAGUUUUUGAUGAAUGAGACAUAUGGGACAACAGCAAACCUUCAGCCCAUGUGACCAUUGCUUUAUUUGGAAGAGGUCGUUUACAUUGUAAAUUAAUAUUAAUGUAAAAGCAAAGCAGCAAAUAAGAGCAUGUUUAAUCCUAAAGUAAAAAAAAUAGUAAUGAAAAACGAAAUGAUAAAAAGCCCUACAGUACAUUAUAAGUGGACCUCAGGGGAAAAUAUGAUCAUGUAGCCUAAAAGUAUAACACCCAUAAAAAUUACUGUAAAUGAACUGCAAAGACAACUCAUUGUGUAUGCAACAUGAAGCCUAAGUACUAGAAAUCAGAUGUUUGUGGUUUGCUGUGAUUUUUAGGAUAAGUGUAUAAAAACUAAAGUGCACAAGCAGAUCAGUUAGUUGAUUAUGCAAAUGUGAGAUCAUUAUAAAGUGGAUAAGAUCAACAGAAACAAUUUCUGCUUUUUUAUUGUAGGUACUACAAAUUGACUUCAGCAUUAGCCUAGAUUCCCACUUCUUAUUGUUCUUGACUAGAAAUUGAUUUAAAAAAUAAUAAUCAAGUGAUCAAAGAAAGAUUGAAUAGCAAUUAAAAGAGGAUGAAUACUAUUAAUGCAUAUCUCAUGAGACAUGUAAACGUCAUGUAAAAAUACACUGCCAGCUUAUAUUGCUUCAGCUAAAUAGCAAACCCUAUGACCCUUCAUUAAGCCCCAUUUUGAAGACAUCACUAACCAAUCCUACAGUCCUUAGCAACUGUUGUCAUCUACCCAUCGUAUCUGACAACUUUAUGCAUUUUCUUUUAUAAAAAAUUAAUGGGAAGUUGUGUGUGUCUGUGUAGUUUUAAAUGUAAUAUCCAAAGUAUGGUAAAAAUUGGCACUUUUAAUAGUCAAAACUGUUAAAGACCUUGCAUGCAUCUGUUGCAUGGGAUAUCGCUAAUUUCUAAUAAUUGUCUUUAUAUAUUGAGCACUGUUAUUUAAAUUUCUUUCAAGCAGAACAGCAGAUGAAACAAGCCUUAAACUCCUUUCCAGACCAUAUAACAUCUAUUUUGCUGUUCAAGUCUAACUGAAAGAAAAUCUCCACUUCAUUCCUAUGGGACUUUCUAUAAAGCUUCUCUGAAAAAAGCAACAAUUUCCAGGGGGCGGAGUUUAGCGAAGGGAUAAUUGAAAAUAGAUGCGGGAAGUUGCACACUUUGGAGAGUAAGAUUUAUUGCAUCUAGAUCAUCAAAUAUGUAAAAGAGGGCUACAGGUCAGAGCUGUGAGGAUGUUGAUAUCCAUCUAAGGUUCAGAAAUGCUCAAAGAUGAAUUUUAAGCCUAGUAAUCAAUAUAUUGCCUUUGUUUUAAUUGCCUGCCAAGUUUUAUUUACCUGUUUGAAGCCCCCCGCAGUCACUGUGGACAAUAAUGAAGCUCUGACAGAUGAUGGCCUUUCUGUAUAUACUGCAGGACUUAUGAGUGAAUGUACUGUCACAAACUGCUUCAACAUGCCUGAUGAGUUUUUAAAGGUGUACCAAAGGUGUACACGGUCAGAUAUGGAAAUGUUAUUAAUGGCUUCCAAUGAUUGUGUGGGUGUGCAGUAUGCAUUGUGUGGGUAUGUGAAGAUGUUGAGUUUUGUAAGCUACAUUCUAAUGGUGCUAUCUUAGGCAGUCAUGCACUUUCUGAUCCUGUGCGCAUGCAAGCGGAUGUACGUACGUGUGUGUGUGUGUGUGUGUGUGUGUGCUCUGAAUUAAUGCUAUUAUCUGCAGAGUCAGUCACAGACAUCAUCCACAACCUGUUGUCUUUCCCUUCAUAUGCACUAUGUUUAGAGACUAUUAUUAUUGUUAUUAAUGUUAUUGCUCCUGUUAUAUUAUUGCCACAAUUAUUGAUUAUUACCAUUGUUAUUUUGUUAGAGUUCGAUUUUAAAUUAACUUAUAUUUUUUAUACGAAGUUUAGCAUUUUUGUUUUGUAUAGAACAAAUUGUACAUUAUGAAAUAAAGCGAAUGGUAAUUUAGAGCCACUGCAUACUGUUGCCCGAGAGAAAUGUCUCAACUCGAAAUAUGUAUAAGCAGAAAUUACUUUUAUUAAAUAAAAUGCAAAUGCAUGAUGUGUAA